AUGGGUGUGUCCACUACUACCGGAGGAUCUCAGUGUAUCCACCUGCAGAAGCCGCUUCCCGGCACUACACACUUGAGCGUCGCUUGCGCACGGGAGAAGCUGGGCUGUUACUCGUCUCCAGGAACAACUCUUUGUUUUUAACCUCCUUCAGUGGGAAAUACGGACUCUUUUGAUGCGAUUUAGAGCUCACUUCAAGUUAAAGCGGCCGUGUCAAGUUAAUUUAAAUCCAAGCUUUGUUUGGCUGUGGGAUAAUCGUGCAGGAUCUGCCGCGGAUACACUGAUACUCCAGCGUGCGGACGGAGGAGCUCAAAGGAUCUGGGUGGAUGGUUUUAAAUGUUUAACAGCUUCAUCACCACAGUAUUCACUGGACGUAACUAAAGGCUCCUGUGCUCUUCCUCCUCUCCGCUGUUAACACACAGAGGGAUAAUGUGGGACAAACUGUGCUGGCUGCUGGCCCUGCUGGCCCUAACGUCUGGGGCUUUGCCGUCCUCCAUCGAGCCCCUGUCUGCUCCCAGGAUUUUCCUCUCCUUCAAAGAGUUAAAGUCUACUGGCACUGCUCACCACUUCUCCUUUUUGCUGAACUCGACCGACUAUCGGAUCCUUCGCAUGGAUGAGGACCACGACCGCAUGUAUGUGGGCAGCAAGGACUACAUCCUCUCUCUGGAUCUGCACGACAUCAACAAGGAGCCACUCAUAAUCCACUGGCCUGUGCCCCCUCAGAGGAAGACUGAAUGUGUGUUAUCAGGGAAAGACACUAAUGGGGAGUGUGGAAACUUCAUCCGCCUGAUCGAGCCAUGGAACCGCACCCACCUGUACGUUUGUGGAACUGGUGCUUACAACCCCAUCUGCACCUAUGUGGACAGAGGACGAAGGUCACAGGGGUCCCACUACCUACAGGCACCCCAAUCUGGAGGGAGAACGAGUCGGGCAGCAGACUACAGCACUACAUCAGAGCCUUUGGAGGCGAAGGAAUACAUUUUCCGACUUGAACCUGGAAAAGUGGAUUCUGGGAAAGGAAAGUGUCCUUUUGACCCCAAACUUAACAGCGUGUCUGCUUUGAUCAAUGGCGAGCUGUAUGCGGGGGUCUACAUCGAUUUCAUGGGAACAGACUCCGCUAUCUUCCGUACGCUGGGGAAGCAGACAGCCAUGAGGACAGAUCAGUACAACUCCAGAUGGUUAAACGAUCCCACAUUUGUCCACGCACACCUCAUCCCAGACAGCGCUGAGAAGAAUGAUGACAAGCUCUACUUCUUCUUCCGGGAGAAAGCCUCUGAGAUGGGCCAGAGUCCCAUGACCCAGUCCAGGAUUGGGCGGAUCUGCCUGAACGAUGACGGUGGACACUGCUGUCUGGUCAACAAGUGGAGCACGUUUCUUAAAGCUCGACUCAUCUGCUCAGUGCCAGGAGCUGACGGCAUUGAGACACACUUUGAUGAACUGAGGGAUGUUUAUAUUCAGCCAACUCAAGACACCAAGAAUCCUGUCAUCUAUGGAGUCUUCUCAGUUUCCGGAGCCGUGUUCAAGGGCUCGGCUGUGUGCGUUUACUCCAUGGCCGACAUCCGCAUGGUCUUCAACGGCCCCUUUGCACACAAGGAGGGGCCCAACUACCAGUGGGUGGCUUACACUGGGAAGAUCCCUUAUCCACGACCUGGCACUUGUCCUGGAGGCACUUUCACCCCCAACAUGAAAUCCACAAAGGAUUACCCAGAUGAGGUGAUCAACUUCAUGAGAAACCACCCCACCAUGUACAAUGCUAUAUACCCAGUACACAAGCGCCCCCUGGUGGUCAGAACCAACGUGGAUUAUGAGUUCACCACCAUAGCUGUAGAUCAGGUGGCAGCUGCAGAUGGAAACUACGAGGUGCUCUUCCUGGGAACAGAUCGGGGGUCAGUCCAGAAAGUGAUCGUCCUGCCCAGAGAUGACCUGAUAACAGAGGAGCUGGUCUUAGAGGAAGUCGAAGUCUUUAAGGUUCCAACAUCAAUCACCACCAUGAAGAUUUCAUCCAAACGACAACAACUGUAUGUGGGCUCGGUGUUGGGGGUGACCCACCUGGCUCUGCAUCGCUGUGACGUGUAUGGGGAGGCGUGUGCUGACUGCUGUCUGGCCAGAGACCCGUACUGCGCCUGGGACGGCAAAUCCUGCUCAAGAUACUCCAACUCUCAGAAGAGAUCUGACCCCUCUAGACGGAGCCGUCGGCAGGAUGUGAAGUACGGCAACCCGAUCCGCCAGUGCAGAGGUUAUAACUCCAACACCAAUAAGAAUACUGUGGAAUCAGUUCAGUACGGGGUGGAGGGCAGCACUACGUUCCUGGAGUGUCAGGCCAGAUCUCCUCAUGUGUCUCUAAAGUGGCACCUGCAGAAGGAAAACAGCGACAGGAGGAAAGAGAUCCGCUCAGAGGGCCGCACGCUGAAAACAGAACAGGGUCUUCUGGUCCGUUCCCUGCAGUCAUCUGACAGCGGGAUCUACCAGUGUACAUCCACGGAGAAAAACUUCAAACACACUCUCGUCAAACUGCAACUCGUGGUCCUCUCCAGCCGCACAGUCAACAACGUGUUGGUGGAAACGGGCAGCCCGGCCCUCCCACCGCUGCAGUCCAGUGCCUGGACACCUAGUGUGGGUCAGUACAAAGACCUGCUGACCAUCCUGAGCCAGCCAGAGAUGGGUCUGAUCAAUCAGUACUGCCAGGACUACUGGCAGCUCGGCGAGGGCAGCCUUGGGGACAACAAAGCCAAAAGCCUGAAGGAGCUGAAAGAACAGAAGAAACCUCGCAACCGUCGGCAUCAUGACGAGCAGACGACUCCAGCUGAGACAUGAGGAGCUGUAUUUACACCUUAUCAUAUUCAAAAACCACCUGUCUACCUUUUCACACCUCCUCCCGAACACUGCAACUCUCCAUUUAGGGAAAGACUCCAGAUAGAAAAAUGAAAUUAUCAUAAAGGAUGACUGCAACCAAAAGCAACAGCAUCAAACAUGAAAAUACACGAUAUUUAUUGUAGGCUGUAAAAAGUAAUUCUUUGUACCUAUCUAGAAAACAUGUUUUUUUGUGAAUAGGUAAAUCUGUGCAAAUAUUGUUGUUAUUAUAAUGUUAUUGUUAGUGUUCUAGUGUAGAUUCAAAUGUGUUUUUAUGUUGAGAAAAUCUUUAUGUUUGGUGUUUUUGAGAAACAGCAACCACAACCCAGGACAUUGGAAGUAUCCACAUAUGGACAAGGACAGAAAGUGUUUGAGGAGGCCAUGUUGGAUCACAUGACCCUUCGCAGUAUCAACUGUCAAAGUUGGAAGUGGAGUCUCCUGUUAAACUCUCAAACUUCCCUUAACUAACUCACCUGAACUCUUAACUAUAGAGCAGACAGUGUUUGUAUAUUAACUGCAUCAUACGAGCUGCUGACAGAGGGAUUACUGCAUUUCUUGGGACAUUUGUGGCUAAAAGAAAUGCACACAGACUGAAACUGUGACAACGUGUCACUAUCAAACAGUCUCAUUUUCAUAAAAGUUACCUGUGUGGCAGGUAAGACGUCUCUCCUUUAUGUUGUGGUCCAGCCCGGAUUAAAGUAACGAUGGUACAUCACCCUGAUUCUUCCAAAAAUCUGUUGCUGCCAAUUGUUUGUUUAGUUUCUAUGUGAAUAUCACAUCUCAAUGUUGUAUCCUAAACAAACGUGAUCUUUGUGAUAAGCUGUUUUUUUUUUUGUUUUUUUUUCAGGGUAAGGGUCUUUGAACGAGACAAAAGCUGAAAAUAUAACAUUGCCUUCUCUUUUCUUGUUUUAGAAAAGAAAUUCCAGCAGGCAGCUAAAUGUGAGUUUGUGACAGUUUGUGAUUUAAAAAAAAAAAGAGUCAAGCACCUUCUGUUGUCAAAAUGGUACUCAUGAUAAACAGUGAACACUUCACAUGUAAAUGUGGCAUUUGCAGUAUAUUCAUAUAAGGCAUGCAGUUUGAAUGCUCAGAGCAGGGGCUUGUCUAGGGGUGGCCUGGAGUGGCAUUCCACACCUACCUUGAGAUUAGAUUUUCCAACCCGGUUGCUCCCCUUUAAUAUUAAAUUAUGAUUAGCUAAAUGUCCUUCCAGAGACUGGACUUAAGUCUUUUUGGAGUCCUUAUUAUAUUAUAUUCUAUUUUCUAUUUUUUUUUUUUUUUUUUUUUUUAAUUAAAAAAAAUACUAUUCACAGAAAUGUCACGACUGUACGACUAUACGGUUUAAAUGGUAGAGGGAUAAAUGGUUAAUAAAUGCUAUUCAGAUUUAUGUGUGAGCCUACACAUAUUUCAGGCCACCCCUGCAUAAUUCAGAACCACAGGUCAGCCCCCCCUGCCAAAAAAGUCUGGACACACCCCUGGGUUUGAAUUUUUUUAAGCUUAUAAUGUAUCCAAGGUUUGCAUUCCUGACAGUUUUAUUCCAAACUUUGGUUUCACUGACGUCAAGUGAAUAUUAAUCAUGCAAUAAAGUCUCCACUCCUGUUACAGUAGAUAGCAGCUACAUAUUUGCAGCACUUGGGAAUAGACUACUUUGAUCAGUGCUGGUUAACAGCGGAGCUCUCAAAGCUACUUUUCUGUCAUUCAAACACAGUGCCAUACUGCUAUCGUACAUGCCACAUGCUUCAUAAGGAACUGUUUGUACUGAGCAACUUCCAUACUGUAAAAUGUUAGAAAAAUGUCAUAAAUACAACCACUAAUGAGCUAAAGACCACUACACCUGAAGAGAAACAACAUGUAUACCAAAAUCUUCAGAGGGUGGCUUUUCAUUGUGCAUGGCAUGUACAGUGUAUGUAUACAGUAUUUGUCUAAAAUACUAUGUUGCCGUGGAUGUCAGUGAAUGUCUUUCAUGUUGUGGGAAUAUGGAUAAACUACCAGUGCAAGAAAGAGGUGCUCAUCCUACAACUUAUUGUGGGACUAAGUACGGAAAGGUCAGAAUAUGAUUUCAUCUCUCUCUCUCUCUCUCUCUCUCUCUCUCUCUCUGUCGCAUUCUCAGCAGAUUUGUAUAUUAUUUCAAACACGUGCAUCUAUUUUAUUUUCUCUGUUUGGUAGACUUUACUAUGGUUCAUUGAGGUAAAGUAACGUAUGAAAUAAUGCACAGUCGAUGUUAUUGUUAUGACUUGUAAAAAAUACUAUCUUUUCUUCCUCAUCAAUGUUACUGACUAAUAAAUUAAAGCUCUAUAUUUUAUAAUAA